AUGGAGCAGCCCAAACUCCUGGAAGUCAGAGUCCACAAUGCAGAGGUUCUGCUGGCAUGUGUCAGUGAAGAUGAGCCUGGGAUUUCUGUGUCUCUUUCUGGUUUGCAACACAGUUUCCAGUCCUACAGAUUUCCUCUCGCUGAAGAGGAAAUUGAACCCGGAUUUCAUGCUCCUGCUUCGUGCAUAAGAAAGGAAAAUAAGAAAGAGAAGCAAGUGGCAGUGCUGGCUACCGCAGAGCUGCCCGCCAAGUCUGUGGAUCUGGCUGCUAUCAACCUGACAGAGCUGGUGAACGGGAUGCUGAACACGGCACUCAGAGGUACCAAAAAACUCUUUUCUUUGCUGAGCGUCACGUCUUACAGCUCAUUUGCCUUCCACAAAGUCUCGGUCACCAUUUAUAACAUUUCUAACGUGAAAAAUGUCGACCCUGGCAAGUUCCCUAUGCAUUACUGCUACUGUUUGAACAAUGCGUCAAAUGACUUGACAGAUUUUACAGCUCUACUUGUUGAUAUUAUUGGAAACUCCACCAGUUAUCUCACAGAGAUUUUCAAAUCCACUUCUAUUCUCUCAGUGCGUCAGAGCAAUGAUUCAGAUUGUAUCUACAUCUGUGUGAUGACAGGGCAGACAGGGAGAAAUCUAUCUGACUUUUGGGAAGUGCUAGAGAAGUCUUCUGUUGUUAAUUACACAUUUUCCAGUAACACAUCUUCUGACUUGGCUACCAGGAUCCCUCUUGCCCUGAAAGGGGAGGAAGUUCCCACCACGAGGUUCCCACCAUGGCCAAAGACGGUUGGAGUGAAAGGAUCAGGGUUUCCAUCACUGCACAUGGACUCUUCCAGACCAGGAGGCAUGGCUGAACCCUCUCCAACUGCUGGGGGGAACUCACGCCCAUCACCAGCCCUGCAGCCCAACCCCACUGAUGUGUAUGCAUUUUGGAUGCAGACGGUGUCUCCUCAAGAAACCAGCAAACUGAUCCAAACAGAGCCAGGGUGUCCACAGGCAAUCCUCAAAGAGUCCCGCAUGACCUCACCUCCCAUCACCCUUAUAGUGCAAAAGAUCAACCCCUGCGUGAUGGAGCUGUGUAGGUUUUUCCAGCUGUGCCUCUGUGUUGGGCAGAGAAGAUAUUCCAGAAAGGAAGCCAUGAGGUACUGUGUUGAAUACUAUUCCUGGUUCUUGAAAAAUGCAAGUUAUGUCUGUAAAAAAGUGAAAAGAGUUGCUUACUCCCACACAUUAAAACAAAAAUGUCUUAAAAACAUCUGUACAUCGGUCUAG